GGGAAAUGGGGACCGGCGGGCGGAGCGGGCCCAGGCCAGGGAAAGGGAACGUGGAGGGGGCGGCAGCGACUCCUACUGCUACCUCGGCCUCCUGCCAGUACAGGUGCAUUGAAUGCAGUGAAGAAGCGAAGGAGCUGUACCGAGACUAUAGCCACGGUGUGCUGAAGAUAACCAUUUGCAAAUCCUGCCAGAAACCUGUAGACAAAUAUAUCGAGUAUGAUCCUGUUAUCAUCUUAAUUAAUGCUAUUUUAUGCAAGGCCCAGGCCUACAGACAUAUUCUUUUCAAUACUAAAAUAAAUAUCCAUGGAAAACUCUGCAUAUUUUGUUUGCUCUGUGAGGCCUACCUGAGAUGGUGGCAACUUCAGGAUUCAAACCAGAACACUGACCCUGAUGACUUGAUUAGAUAUGCUAAAGAGUGGGAUUUCUAUAGAAUGUUUGCCAUUGCUUCUUUAGAACAGACUGCCUUUUUGGUUGGCAUUUUUACUUUUCUGUGGGUCGAACGACCCAUGACAGCGAAAAAAAAGCCCAACUUCAUUUUAUUGAUGAAAGCACUGUUAUUAUCUAGCUAUGGAAAACUCUUGCUGAUUCCAGCUGUCAUUUGGGAACAUGACUACACAACUCUGUGCCUCAAACUAAUUAAAAUGUUUGUCUUGACAUCAAAUUUUCAAGCAAUUAGAGUGACCUUGAACAUCAACUGGAAAUUGUCUUUUUUAGCCAUCUUGAGUGGAUGGCUAUUGGAAAGCACCAUGGUCUACUUCUACCAGAGAAUGGAGUGGGACAUUGGAAGUGAUUGUGCCAUCUAUAAAUCUCAAGACUUUUGAAGAGAUACAUCCCGGACAUUCUCCAGGACGCUGUACUCUGCCAACUCGAAUGGCCGUUUCUCAUUUCUCCGUGGAAUAAAGACUGAAGGUAGUAGUGGCCGUUCCUUCUGUUAACGCUGCUCAUGCUCAUUGUGUAACGCCUACAGCAAUCCCGUGUCCAAAAUUGCCAAGAUACUUCCAGGCUCAGAUCAUUUGUCCCAUACUUCCCUAAGUGUUGCUACUUGCCAAACUAUAAGUUAUGAUUUAUAGUCAUUAAACUAAGGUCCCAUAUGUCUUUAGUAGUCACUCAGACCCCACUAUUUUUGCUCUAUGUUAGCUCAUGUUUUAUAUAUUUCUCAUAUUUUGGGAGUCCCUGGGAAACCCAGGUUAAUGCUCAACUUGUAGCCAAAAGGCUGGCAGUUCAAACUCACCCAGAGGUGCCUCAAAACUCUGCAUACGUGAUUUCGCCAUGAGUCAGAACUGAACAGCAACUAAUAACAACCUCUUGUAUGGGUUUAUGCCCAACCUACCCCAUGGUGCAAGGAGACACCAUGAGUCAGGUUACCCUGUGUCUCUCAUAGGCCUCGCU